GCGCAAUUUUCAAUGUCUGCGGUUUGGCGUGUUGCUGCGACCCAUCCGAAAAAGCUUGUUGCUGGGACACUAUGUUUAGUUUAUUGCUAUAAGUUUACGGGGGAAAAAUAUAGAGACUACGUUUUGCACCGAGAAAUAUGCUCCUAUGUUUCUUCAGAAAAUUACAAGACCGUUAAUAGCACACAAACUCUACGCAGCCUGACUGUGUUUGUAAAUCCGUUCUCGCGUCGUGGGUAUGUGCUAAUAUUCUAUUUCCCAGAGGACUCUUAAAAGAGUUUGAAAACAAUGCUGCUCCUAUUUUAAACCUGUCUGGUCUUGACGUUAAAAUGGUUUAUCUGGACACGGAUUCCGAAAUAAAGGAUUUCAUAAAAGUGCUAGAUCCGAACAGUACUGACGGUGUUUUAGUUGUUGGAGACGACAAUUUGAUCCAGAAAGCAGUUACAAGUUUGUUAUCCCGAGACGAUUUUAAGACUACUCCUUUGUGGUCAUUGCCAGUUGGAGCGGUGCCCGUAGGUAUUUGGAAUGGGCUUAUAAACACUAUAUGUGAGAAAACAGUUGUCCCUAAAUGGUUUUACAAUGUCUUACAAUCUGUCCUACAACAGAAUACUAAAAGGAGAAAUGUUUUGGAAGUAAAAGUUGUUUCAGACGAUAGUCAACCAAUUGAACAAUCAAAAGCAUCAUCUGCAAAUACUUAUUCUUUAUUAGGUAUUGAAUGGAAUAUUUGGAGAGAUAUAGAACUUGGGGGAGGUUGUGGUGUUAGUGAUAGGCAUAAAAAACCAACAAAUCCUAACGAUCAUCGUGGUGUACUCACAACACUUUCAGUUUCAUCUCCUAGAUCUUGGAGUCGUAAUUUUGGUGCAUUGUGGAGAUCCACUUGGUAUUGGUUUCGAUCAUCUGAAAACAAUGCUCAAAUAUAUCCUCAUAGUGAUUCUAAAACUUCAUCAAAUUUUUUCGCAGAUUCCUCAGUCACUAUAUCUGAAAAAAAGCUGAAAAAAAGUCGUGUGAAAUUCGCUCGCCUUACUUAUACUCCAAUUUGUACAGGAUGUUCGAAAUGUUGGGAGAAAAAGUUAAUGACUUAUAAAGAAUCUGGUCUCGAAGUAAAUGAAAAGAAAUCAUCUCUAUUAGGAAGAAUAUUUGGAUUCUCACUAAACACUAAUAAUAACAAAUCAAAUAUUGAUGAAAUGAAAAGUAAAGAAAUUCAACAAAUCAAAGCUAAGAGUUCCAUAGACAAUCCUGCAUGUGAAGAACUAAAGGAAUUAAUCGUUGAAAAGGCUUCAGGGUUCACAAUAACUCCAGAAGGAGAUCAUAUUCGUGUGGAUAUUUUGCGUCGUUCCACCAGCUAUUGGGAUCAUAUACAACAGUUUCGUUCAUGGCUCCUUUCUCAACCGUAUUCAUUUAGAUCUGGUAGUCAGGUAAUAUUGUGUGAUAAAUUGCGUUUGUUUCCUGGUCAAACUGAGGUGAGCUUUUUUCGUUUCUCUAUUACCAAACUUACCUUUAUAUUGUUUCACGAAUGUUUCUUUGCAAUAUUUGUUUGUUCAUUCGUCUGAACAGUAGGAACCUUGUGCCAAGAUCUCAGCGUUUUUGUUGAUUAAGAGACAAGUGGAAAUUAUAUACUCGUGAAUAUUUCUUAGUGAUGUGAUUCUAGUGAUAGAGCUGGGAAAAUUAUAAAGAAUCAAGGCAUCAAACUAGUCCGAGUUGUUGGUUAUCGAAAUUUACAAACUGACAAGGAAAAAUUAAUUUAGCUUCUGAAAUUUUAAAAACGAGGUUUUUUAAUUGUUCGACUCAAAUUAAACACUAUCGAAUAAUAAUUUGGUAAUUGUUAAAAAAUUGUAUUUUAUUGUUCCGUUUGUUUAGAUAUCUAAAUUUUUCAAAAUUAACUGUUGGUAGCUAACAUGUGAUUCGAUGAAAGUCCGGUAUUUACAUGUUUUGCGUUAUUGUCUCUUAUAACUAACGUGCUCUCGGAUACUGUAACUUGUUCUAUGUACGGAUUUGUGCAGUCAUUAUCAGUGGCUUUUUGUACUUAAUCCUGUGUUUACUUAUGUAGUAUAUUGGGGUUUUUUCUGUUAAUUCGUAUGCUCAUUUUAAAUUCUUUCUCUGCUACUCAAACUUUAUAUGUACAUAUAUGUUCAUUGUUAUAGAACGAGUUUUAUUGGAUUGACAACGACUACUUCGAGGCCCAUCCGAUUGAAGUGAAUUUGCGCCGCAACGCUGUCAAUCUUUUCAUGUAAUUUAAUAAUUUCACUUAAAUAAACUAGAUAAGUUUUCUUAUUUUAUUGUAUAAA